AACACUCCUCCCUCUGUACACCGACUACUGAAAUCAUCUCUCCAUUGAAACAGAAAGCUCUGCAAGCUUCACGAAUUCUCCGUCUGAUAAACAAGAAUGGCGACAGCGGAUAUAGCGAUGAAACCAGCUGAUUCAGGGGAGAAACACGAAAUCUGUUCAUCGAGGCACACGACGGCAAAACAGGGUGAGGGUUUGAGGCAGUACUACUUGCAGCAUAUUCACGAUGCUCAGCUCCAGGUCCGCCAGAAGAGUCAUAAUCUCAAUCGUCUUGAGGCUCAGCGGAAUGAUCUAAAUUCUCGAGUAAGGAUGCUUAAGGAAGAGUUGCAACUCCUUCAAGAGCCUGGAUCUUAUGUUGGUGAAGUUGUCAAAGUAAUGGGAAAAUCGAAGGUCCUAGUGAAGGUCCACCCCGAGGGUAAAUAUGUGGUUGAUAUUGAUAAAAGCAUUGAUAUUACCAAGAUUACACCUUCAACCAGGGUCGCACUUCGCAAUGAUAGCUAUGUCCUUCAUUUGGUUUUGCCAAGCAAAGUAGAUCCUCUGGUGAACCUUAUGAAAGUUGAGAAGGUUCCUGAUUCUACUUAUGACAUGAUUGGUGGACUUGACCAGCAAAUUAAAGAGAUUAAGGAGGUUAUUGAACUUCCAAUCAAACAUCCGGAGUUAUUUGAGAGUCUGGGAAUUGCUCAACCAAAGGGAGUUCUAUUAUAUGGGCCACCAGGUACCGGGAAGACAUUGUUGGCCAGAGCCGUGGCUCAUCAUACUGAUUGUACUUUCAUUAGGGUCUCUGGUUCUGAACUAGUACAAAAAUAUAUCGGAGAAGGCUCCAGAAUGGUUAGAGAACUUUUUGUUAUGGCCAGGGAACAUGCCCCAUCAAUCAUAUUUAUGGAUGAAAUUGACAGUAUUGGAUCUGCUCGUAUGGAGUCUGGAAGCGGGAAUGGUGACAGUGAAGUUCAGCGAACAAUGCUGGAGCUUCUUAAUCAACUGGAUGGGUUUGAAGCAUCAAACAAGAUCAAGGUUUUGAUGGCUACAAAUCGUAUCGAUAUCCUGGACCAGGCUCUUCUCAGGCCUGGAAGAAUCGACAGGAAGAUUGAAUUCCCAAAUCCAAAUGAAGACUCGAGGUUUGACAUCUUGAAAAUUCAUUCAAGAAAGAUGAACUUAAUGCGUGGCAUCGAUCUGAAAAAGAUUGCUGAGAAGAUGAAUGGUGCUUCAGGUGCUGAACUUAAGGCGGUAUGCACGGAGGCAGGGAUGUUUGCUUUGAGAGAAAGGAGAGUUCACGUGACACAGGAAGAUUUCGAGAUGGCGGUGGCCAAGGUUAUGAAGAAGGAAACGGAGAAAAACAUGUCGCUACGCAAGCUCUGGAAGUAAAAUUGUGUUUUCACGACGACUUAUCGAACUUUUCAUCGUUGUUGCAAAUGUAACUUUUCCAUAAAAACAUCUACCGAGUGAUGAUGAUGAUGAUGAAAAGUUGAAUUUCCAGCUUGAAAAAAAAGAAGACUGUAAUUCAAAUUUCAACCAACCCAAAUCACUAGUAUAAAUACUUUCUUCUAAGC